CCAUUUUGGGAAUUAUUUUGACAGACGCGAUCUCAUUUUUUUUUUCUUUUGGUGGAGAUCAAAAAAGUUAUCAGAAAUAUAUUUCAUCUAUCAGUUGUUGAAUUUUUUCGAUAUAUAUAGCUAUGACAGUUGAUAUUAUAUGGAGAAAGAUACCUCUUAGAGAGGUGGAACUUAGUUUAGCGAAAGUAUUAAGAUGUGGUCAAACCUUCAGAUGGAAAAACGUUAAUAAUGUAUGGUCUUUCGCUAUAAAAGAUAGAAUCAUCUUACUUAAACAAUAUGAAGAAUCGAUUGAAUAUUCCCAUAUAUUAAAAGAAGAUCAUGAGGAGGAUGAGAAACCAAGACAUGUGUUGGAGAAGGAAACUUAUACUUUCAUUCAUGAUUAUUUCAAUUUAGAUAUCAAUAUUGAAAAUCUCUAUAAGAGUUGGAUUAAAUAUCAUGAACCAUUUUCUAAAAAAUCAAAAAUUAGUGCAUUUACAGAAUUCACUGGGAUAAGGAUUAUCAGACAAGAUCCAUGGGAAUGUCUUAUAAGUUUCAUAUGUUCAUCUAAUAACAAUGUGAAAAGGAUUUCUAAAAUGUGUGAUAAUUUAUGUUCGGAAUUUGGAGAUUAUAUCAAUGAAUAUAAUGGGAUAAAAUAUUAUUCAUUCCCUAGUGCUCAUAAAUUAGCUCAAGAUUCUAAAACUGAACAAAAGUUAAGAGAUUUAGGAUUUGGGUAUAGAGCUAAAUAUAUUUAUGAUACUGCUAAAAAGUUAACUGAUGAUUCAAAAUUCCCAGAUUUAACCAUCGAUAAACUUAAUGAAUUACGACAAUUAGAUUAUGAAACGAGUCAUGAUUUUCUUUUACAAUUGACAGGAGUAGGACCUAAAGUGGCUGAUUGUAUAUGUCUUAUGGCGUUAGAUAAACAUGAUGUUGUCCCGGUUGAUACUCAUGUUUAUCAGAUUGCCAUUAGAGAUUAUAAAUUCAAAGGUAAAAAGGAUUUGAAAACAAUGAAUAAAGUAACUUAUGGUGCUAUUGGAGAGUUUUUCAAACAAUUAUAUGGCCCCUAUGCCGGUUGGGCACAAUCAGUGUUAUUUGCAUCUGAUUUGAAUGAUCUUAAAAAUGGGACAAAUAUUGUAGAUACAGUAGAGGUGAAAAAGGAAGUUAAGAUUGAAAAUGAAACAUCUAGGAAAAGAAUAAAGUUAGAGUAAGUAGAAGAUAUGAAGACGUUUUAUAGAUAUUGAAGAUUAAUGGAUUGAUAUUUUUAAUAAUAAUUUGUACUAAAUUUGGCGUAAAAAGAUAAGAAAAUAUUUGAAAUUGGUAACAUUGAAAUAGUUCAGAAUCAUAAGUCGAUCAACUAUCUUCUACCAAGACCAUUGACCAUUCACUAAAUAAAAACUCCUACUCAUCAUAUCAUUUACUAUCAAUAUAAUCUUUAUCAAUAUUUCUAGAAUUAACCUCAAUCCAACAAAUUUGCAGCAUUUCUAAAGAUUUGUUCCAUUCGCUUCUAUGGCAGACAG